ACCAAUUCUUUGCCAACCUGAACUAAGCUUGAAUUUUCCCUCUAACAAUUUUUCCUCCCUAAAAAAAAAAAAAAAAAAAAAAAAAAAGGUCAAUCAAGAAUUGAUUCAAUCUCUUCUUCAUCAUCAUCAUUCACAAUCUUUUUCUUCCUUUUUUUUUGUGUCAUGCACAAAUUAUUGUUCAAUCUUCAACCAUCAAUUUCCAUAAAAUCAACAACAAACACUUGCAGAGUUUAUUAUUAAGGAAGGAGAUGGUACGAGCAUUAUUGGAACAAGAACAAGAAAAUUACAAGGCAAGGUUGAACCAAAUUCGUGAAAUGAAUAGAGAGGGUAGUUGUAGUAUGAGGCGUGGUCAUUCACAAAGUAUGAUCCUUGAAAGUACAAGUUCAGAGGAGCUUGUUGAAGAUCCAAGAAGCACAAAAAGUUGUUAUUCUUCAAAGGCAGAUUUACCAUUGUCUUCUCAACCUAGGAUUGGUUCAAUCUUAGAGAAAGAUCAAGGUCCUGGUCCUCGUUCUAGAUUGACCUCUUGUGGUGGUGCUGAUAGAGAUAGCCUUCAAAAAGAUAUGGAUAUGAUGAAGGAGAGGUUUGCCAAGUUACUUCUAGGAGAAGAUAUGUCCGGUGGUGGAAAGGGUGUGUCCUCUGCUUUGGCCUUGUCCAAUGCCGUCACCAAUUUAGCAGCAUCCGUCUUUGGAGAACAGAGGAAACUAGAGCCAAUGGCACCAGAAAACAGGUCUAGAUGGAAGAAGGAAAUAGAUUGGUUGCUAUCUGUUACAGAUCAUAUUGUCGAAUUUGUUCCUUCUCAGCAAAAGUCUGCAAAUGGAACUAAUAUGGAGAUCAUGACAACGAAACAAAGAACGGAUCUUCAAAUGAACAUCCCUGCCCUUCGAAAACUUGAUGCCAUGCUAAUAGAUUGCCUAGACAAUUUUAAAGAUCAAAACGAGUUCUAUUACGUUGCUAAAGAUGCAGAUGAAGCAGAGAAAGGAUCAAAGAGAGAUGAUAAAUGGUGGUUACCUACAGUUAAAGUUCCUACUAAUGGUUUAUCUGAAGUUACAAAAAAAUGGCUGCAAUUUCAGAAGGAUUCUGUUAAUCAAGUUCUUAAGGCUGCAAUGGCUAUCAAUGCACAAGUCUUAUCAGAAAUGGAAAUCCCAGAAAACUACAUUGAAUCCUUACCAAAGAAUGGAAGAGCUAGUCUUGGAGAUGUGAUUUACAAAAGUAUAACAGUGGAGUAUUUCGAUCCAGAACAAUUUUUUACAAUAAUGGACUUAUCAUCAGAGCAUAAGAUUCUUGAUCUGAAGAACAGAAUUGAGGCUUCAGUAGUGAUUUGGAGACGAAAGAUGACCAACAAAGAUGCUAAGUCUCCUUGGGGUUCAGCCGUCAGUAUAGAGAAGAGGGAACUAUUUGAAGAGAGGGCGGAAACCAUUUUGCUGAUAAUCAAGCAACGAUUCCCUGGAAUUUCUCAAUCCCAACUCGAUAUUAGCAAGAUUCAAUUCAAUAAGGAUGUGGGUCAUGCACUUCUAGAGAGCUACUCAAGAAUCCUAGAGAGUUUGGCACACACAGUAUUAUCACGCAUUGAAGAUGUUCUUUAUGCUGAUUCUCUUGCUCAAAAUCCAUCUCUUGCACAAAAGAAGAGGAAUCCCUUAGCAGAUCUGAAGAUCACUUCAACAAAAUUCCCGAAUGCAGAUGAAGAGAUAGAGAAACUAAACGCAGUAGGAACACCUCCAUCUAUGACCCUCUCGGAUUUCAUGGGAUGGACUAUGGAUAACGGGGAAGCAGAUUUGAUGAGAGCAAAGGAGGGAGUCGGAAAUGAGGAACUAAAAGACACAUGCGACUUAAAAGUUGAAAAACUCGCAAACAUUUCAAUUCCUAAGAAGGUAUCCUAUCUAGAGACCUUGGGUGGCUUAAGAAGUCCAACAUCUCGCCAUUGACAAGAGACAGUUAGAUUACAUUUCGAAAUGUAACUUCGAUCUUGAGAGAUAAGUACAAGGGAGAGAACGAGAGAGAGAGAGAGAGACGGAGAGAAAGCACUUGUUAAUAGAGCAGAGAACUUGGUGUAGGGAGAUAUAUGAUCAAACCACAUGUAACUAAUUAAAGUUUCAUUUUAACUUCCCUUGUUUUGUGGUUGGGGAAGCUAAUGCAUUGGGUUUGACGCGAAAUUUGUUCUGCUUUCUUCAUCUUAUACUCACUUUUAUCAUGCAUAUACAAAAAAUUCUUUGUAGAAAUUUAGCUAAUUCAAGGUUGGUUCAA